UCAGUGGUGCAUGGAAUGUACGGAUGCACAAGGUGCAGGCAGAGGAAGCACGUGCCAAGCCCUCCUAAAACCCCUAAUCGGAACCUGAUCGUGAUCGAGAGUUAUCUUCGCUUCUCAUCUUAUGCUGCGAUGAACGAAGAAGGCGAAGCUUCGUCCCACGCCGAGCUCUCUUCGGCCUCGCACUCUGAAUCGAAGCGCCCUCUCGAUCUCCCCUCCGAUUCCCUGAAACCAUUGAAGAUCUCGCGAUCUUCAACCGAAGGAGCCGAGAAGGAGGCGAACGAUCGAGGGGAAGUGGGAUCCGCUGGUGCGAUGAGCCAAAGCCCUAGGGUUCAGAGAUAUUUGAUCGCGGUGGAGUACAUCGGAACCCGAUUCUUCGGCUCCCAGAAGCAGCCCAACUGUAGAACCGUCGUUGGGGCUCUUGAGGACGCGUUUCUCAAAUUCAUCGGACAGCCGGUCUCGAUCUUCUGCUCUAGUCGGACGGACGCAGGAGUGCAUGCUUUGUCAAAUGUAUGCCAUGUUGAUGUGGAGCGCAUAAGUAAAAGGAAGCCUGGUGAAGUGUUGCCACCUCAUGACCCUGGCGUUGUUAGACGUGCUGUGAACCAUUUCUUACAGAGGAAUGAAGGUGACAUAAUGGUAACCGAUGUUCGAUGUGUUCCUCCAGACUUCCAUGCUAGGUUCAAGGCUCUAGAGCGCACGUACCACUACCGUUUGCUUUCUGGACCUGCGCCUUUGUCAACCUUUGAAAAAGACCGCGCUUGGCAUGUACCGGAGGAUCUAGAUGUUCAUGCUAUGAAGGACGCAUGCGGCGUACUUGUUGGAUGUCGUGAUUUCAGCUCGUUUAGGGCAGCUGGAUGCCAGGCGAACUCUCCUAUCAGGACAUUGGAUGAGCUUACUGUUACUGAAGUAUUUCCUGCUCUGUAUUUCCCAUCCAUUGUUGAGAGGUCUGAGGUGAAAUCAUCAGACGGUGCACUUGUUCUUACUAAAGCAUCUGAGCUGAAAUCGUCAAGUGAAUGCUCUAAUUCCUCUGAGAUGAAUGUUGGAAAGUGUGGUGCUGAAAAUGGUCAAAUAUUUGGGCACAGAUCAAAGCAUCGCUGCUAUGUUAUAACUGCUAGGGCUCGCUCUUUUCUUUACCACCAGGUAAGGUUGAUGGUUGGUGUUCUAAAAUCUGUUGGAACUGGGGACUUGACAACUACUGAUGUUGAGCAAAUUCUUAAUGCAAAGACGGUGACUGCUGCAAGUCCUAUGGCACCUGCUUGUGGUCUUUACCUUGGCAGCGUGAAGUAUGAUCUAUCCUGAUGUAUGAACUUGAAGAAUGUGCUAAAAGUUGGGCUGCAAAAUGGGGUCAUACGGAUUCAAUAACAUGCAGAGCUGCACGAAACCCAGUAGUACAACUCAAGGCGAUUAUUCUUCAAUAUGCUUACCGAGGAUUGAGAUACAGCUUGUUGGCUCAAACUUACAGAAGGAAGUAUUGCUGAACUCUUCCCUGCAAUGUUCUGCUGCCUUUUGAGUUGGUAAUUGUUGUCCCUAUUUGUUCCCUGUUUAGGUCAGACUCGACUAUCUAAAAAGAUAGGAUUAUGCACUUUGGAAAUGAUCAUGUAUUAGGUUUCCACAAUGAUUAGGCUUCUGCAAUUAAUUCAAGUUGUUGUCUCAUGGUUUUUUGAUGCUUAUGAAAGGUUUUGGAACACUUUCACCAAAUUAAUUUUCAAGGGCAACGGAAUAACCCUGAUUUUUUAUGUACCCUUUUUCCAUUUGUUGUCAGUAUAUUUCUUCAAUUUCAGAAAUAGUAAUAUAUCUUUGCAUCCAAAAGUAGUCUUAUGUGUUUAUUAAUUAUUAAAUAAAUUUCUCUUUAUUGUUUUCUCUUUCACUGAAAGUAAGUAGCAUGAUUGGCAAUUUAAUUAUUGUCGGCAUUAAGCUUCUUUGCUCUUUAUGCUCUCUUACGACUCCUCAGACCGAAGCGUCAUUUAUUCCACAUGAGCAGAAAGCACACUAUGCUAUGAGCUAUUUUGCAACCUUGAAGACGCUUAAAUAUUUGAGAUGAAAUCUUCUAUUAGGGAGAGAAAUGGUAGCCCCUUAUGAGGGUAGUAGAAAGCUGCCAUGAAAGGAGAACAUGACGGAGAGGCCAAGAGAGCGAGUGAAUUAAAGAAAGGAAGAAAGGAGAGGACUGAAUAGUCAAACAGGAAUGAAUCGCCCGCCAUUUCCCCAAUAACCUUAUUGCACUUUGAAAAAGACACUGCACGAGCGAAAAGCUCCGAUCCCCUGGUUCUCUUUGGCAGAGAAGAUUGAUUGAUAUGAUGGCUCUAUUGGCCAACACGGGGCUGGGCUUUUCUCUUUUUUGGUGACACUUAACAAGGUAAUGAUAUCACCAACCUCCUUUCUUUGCUGAAUGUGGGCCUGCUUUAGUGGGCCUCAGUUCUCAUGCUAUAUUAGAUUCCCAUUAUUACAUGUUUCAUUACAUAGGGUCUGUGUCUAUUUGCCUGUGGUUCUAUUGUUGCUUUCACAGUAUCAAAUGUUGUUGGCAAUCAGCUUAGUAGUUUGUGUGAUGGCACUGCAUGGUGAAGGCUGUUAGGCUUGAAGAAAACAGAUCAUACUUACUCAUUUUCUUUUCACUUUUUUGAAAACAAAUUUCGGUAAAGCAAGAGGGACAGUUUUUUGUCGAGGUACUAUUGAGUUACUUUUCAUAUUUCAUUUUUGUGGUAUGUGAACAUAUGAUGCUUAAUAGAGCAAAAUAUGUGAUCAUCUAUCUAUAUACCUGAAUAAACUAGUUCAAUUGCACAUACACCAGUCUAGCUUUGCAAAUCAUUCCAUUUGGAUAUUAUCGCUCAUCCCCACCCAUCUUCACCCCAAUAAGAGGAAAUUUUACAAGUCAAUGCUUUGUGUGUGACUUACUGCUAUCUUGUUGUUUGAUCAUAAUUUCACAGAUUAUAAAAUCCAGUUUCAAAUAUUUAGUAACUAUGUAUAUUUGCUGACUUAGAAUUGCUGAUGGACUGUACUAGGGAUGUAGUAGUGCUCAUUAUAAUUGGCGAGGUUGGUGACUUGUACUUGGCUUGCUGGAGAGAUUAUAUGGUACUUAUUAUUCUAUUGUAAGGAAGAAAAUGGAGGCAUUCUAUUACAUGAUUAGGUCAAGGACAGGAUAUUACUGCUGAGCAAAAUCUAUCUGAUUUUUUAAGAUGAUAAUUUUAGGCCUUGUCGUGGUUGAAAAUAUGAAGCUUUACUUUGUGUCAUUGUUUCCAUUCUCGCAUGUAAAUUUGAUGCACUGACAUUGCUGCUGUUGAAUAAAAUAAACAUCCAAUGCCUCAUUGCUUAUGAGCAA